AACACUUCCGGGACCAUUUUUACAGAGACUGAAGAGGAAGCGAGACACUCCAUAUUUUUUUAUUCCGUUUAAAUGAACGUAAGUAUACAAGACCCCUCUGCUAUUGCAUUGGCGUCUACGGGAGACACCCUGUUAAACCGGAACUCACCGCUUUUUUCAAUGGUAAACAGCCGAAGUGAGCUAUCUUCGUUUAUGCACCAUCUUUGAUUUUUAUAUCAGUGGAGGCGAACUGGAGAGGGCUCUGGGAUGCUAACUGAAAACACCAAUUGACGUCGCUUCCUCGUUUCUGGCGUAAUCGCUACACGGAAAAUAAAUGACUAAAUGCAUCCAGGACCACAUUGAAAGAUACCUGUGAAAGCUCUCGCUCCCCCACCCCAAUGUCGAGGUCGCAGUGACGGGGCUGGGCAGAGGCAGAGCCCGGUGCCCCGGCCCCUUUGCCCAGCUGAGGAGCAGCCCCUGACAGGGAGCGCACCAUCUCCCUGUGCCUCGUGUCCUCUGGGGGGCAUUUUGAGCCAUGGAGCACCCACGGGAAAAAGAGGGUGAGCGACCGGCGCGCAGCAGCAAGGCGGGUCAGGGGCGCAGCGGGCACUCGCGCCCCUCUGGAUCAGGCUCCUCCGGAGUGCUCAUGGUUGGGCCCAACUUCCGUGUGGGCAAGAAGAUUGGCUGUGGUAACUUUGGAGAGCUGAAGCUAGGUAAAAACCUCUACACCAAUGAGUAUGUUGCAAUAAAAUUGGAACCAAUAAAGUCAAGGGCACCACAGCUGCAUUUGGAGUACCGGUUUUACAAAACAUUAGGCAGCACAGCGGAGGGUCUUCCUCAGGUCUUCUACUUUGGGCCUUGUGGGAAAUACAAUGCCAUGGUGUUAGAGCUGCUGGGCCCCAGUCUAGAAGACCUCUUUGACCUCUGUGACAGAACAUUCUCUCUCAAGACAGUCUUAAUGAUGGCAAUUCAGCUGCUCUCACGGAUGGAGUACGUCCACUCCAAGAACCUCAUCUACCGAGACGUGAAGCCCGAGAACUUCCUCAUCGGGCGGCAGGGGCACAAGCAGGAGCACAUCAUCCACAUCAUCGACUUUGGCCUGGCUAAAGAGUACAUCGAUCCCGAGACCAAAAAACACAUUCCUUACAGGGAGCACAAGAGUCUCACAGGGACCGCCCGCUACAUGUCUAUCAACACCCACUUGGGAAAAGAGCAAAGUCGACGGGAUGACCUGGAAGCCUUGGGCCACAUGUUCAUGUAUUUCCUACGAGGGAGUCUGCCGUGGCAAGGACUCAAGGCUGACACCCUGAAGGAGCGAUACCAGAAGAUUGGUGACACCAAGCGCAACACUCCCAUCGAGGUCCUCUGUGAAAGCUUUCCAGAGAUGGCCACGUACCUGCGCUACGUGCGGCGUUUGGACUUCUUCGAGAAGCCCGACUACGAGUAUUUGAGGACUCUGUUCACCGAGCUGCUUGAGCGCAAAGGAUACAUUUUUGACUACACCUACGACUGGGAUGGCAGAGCGAUUCCUACUCCAGUGGGGUCUGUCAACGUGGACUCGGGUGCGUCUGCCAUCACGAGAGAGAGCCACGCUAACAGAGACAGGCCGUCUCAGCAACAACCCCUACGGAACCAGAUGGCAGCAUCAGACCGCAGAGGAGCAUGGGAUGCACAGCCCCACCGGCAGACAAAUUCCUCCUACCUAAGCAGCUCCCACCUGGCUGCAGACAGGCAUGGGGGCUCUGUGCAGCAGCAAGAGAGGAGAGACAGCAGCAAGCAGACACUCUGUCUGAGGAGGCGGCAGACAGGGAGAGACAGGUUCACAAGGCCCAUCAGACAAACACGUUCAGUCACAUUCGAACAAGAACCUUUCCCAUUAAGGGAGACCGGUAGUAAAGGGGUAGAGGUAAAGGCUAAUGAGAUGGGUAAAUGGUGCCACACAUGGAUGUCUGGCAAUGGCUAAACUGUAUGGAGGGAGAUGGGUAACUGUACUUUAGUUGAUGUUUCUGUGGUGAGGGCCUACAUACUACUGUCAUGGGCGUGACCGAGCAGGGGAGAUACCGUAAGCAUUUAUUACAGCUGAUGUCAAUGUAACAUCUUAUGACAACCCGCUUUACGCUAACUUGACACUUUGUUGUUGUUGUUGAGAUAGUUGGCUAGGUCUACUGCAAGCUAGUGUGCAUAUGUGAGAAACAGUUUUAUGUUGUGACGGUGUUAAGUUAGUUGUCACAAAAUGCGGCAAGUAGCCUAACGGUUAAGAGCAUUGGGCCAGUAAUCCAAAGGUUGCUGGUUCGUAUCCCCUAGCCGACUAAGUGAAACAUUUGUCUAUGUGCCCUUAAGCAAGGCACUUAAUGUAAUCAUGACACAUUGGGCUGUAUUAUGAUCAUGCCAGUGUUUGAUUGACCUUAUGAUGGAGAUGUCAAUGUUGUAUUUUUCUGUUUUUAAUCCUCCUAGCAGAAUAAUCCUUAUUUUGGUUUGACUGAU